GAAUAAUUAAAAAUUAAACACACAAAAAAAAAUAAGAAUAAAUAUUAAAGUAAAGCAAAAAUGUCAUCAGCUCAAAACAAUAAAUUCAAUUAUUACUAUCCCUCCAAGUAUGGAGUUAAGGCUACUACUGCUGACCGUCUUGAUGCCAGCGAAGAUGCCUAAAAAAAGAUUGAAUCUGGAAAUCUCGUCAAUCUUCCUUUCAUCAGCAAAUCAUACUUCACCGAAGAAAAGGAAGUUCAAAAGGCCGAAUUCAACGAUUUAGCCGAAGAUCCCAGACAUGAAUACGAAAGAUACGAUUUGAUUUUUAAUACUUACUUCUAAUUCCUCUAAUAACUCAUUGCUGAAAAGAAGUUUGACGAAAAGGAUUUAAGAAAAUAUCUCCUUGUUAAGCUCUUAGUCACCAAGGCUAUUCACCUCAACCCUCAAUUUGCUUAAAUCGGCAAGGCUCUUUCUAUUGUAUAAGAAAAAUCUGAUGCUGAUUCUAUUAGAGAAAAGGCUUACAAGCAUGAAAAGACUAUUGGAUUUAACUCUGAAAACAAAUAUCAUAACGACUAAGACUAAAAGGAAUUAUAAGACGUCUUAAUGAAGACUAAGGGUUUAACUAAGUUAAUUGAAAGUUACUAUGAAUAAACCACUUAAGAAUUACAAAAGGGAGAACAAUUACAUUAAGUUUAUAAUAAAGCAAAAUAAACUGUUGGUUUUUCCACCAGAAAAUAAUUCUACUAUUACAAUUUAGAAGCUAUUAGAGUAACCAAUUUAGCCGUUGAUGAAAUUAUUGCUCAAUAAAGAAGCAUCCACAAUAAAUACGACGUCGAUUUCGCUUACUAUACUGUUGAUUAAAACUAAAUCUCCAGAGAAACUACCUCUGUUUUCUCUCUCAUCAUCGAUGUUAGCUUAGAUAAGUUGAAAUAAGAAGCUAAUCUCACUGAUGAUAUUCUUAAUGCUGCUUAGAAGGUUGCUAAAGUAUUAGUUGAAAGCCACAAAUUAUAUAUUCAAAACAAAAAGGGAGUUGCAAAUAUGACCGACAAAUUCUUCGAAAGAUAUUACAAUUUAUACUAAAACCCUAUUCAAGGAGAUCACGUUUACAUUUCUCCUGAAAUUUAAACUCUUGCUUACAUCUAUCUUAAUGCCAAGCUCACAAACAAAAACAUUAACAAAAACGAUGAAUGA